AUGUGCUUAAAACAUAAUAGUUUAACCUACGCAGCGACAUUAAUAAAGCCGGUGACCAUCAUCAAUUCAUUCGAUUCAUCUUGCAGUAGCGCUGGAGAAUGUUGUGCAUGUUCAAAAACAGGGUAUUGUUCUUAAAAUCAAUCAUGUGCAUGUACAGCAUCUUCAGGUAGUCAAAUGUCAGGUUAAACUUGUUUAUUGAACUCAACAGAAAAUGCAGCUGUUGAAAAAUAGUUAUAAAGUGGAGCAGAUGAGUCGUUGAUAGCAAGUUUCUCUGUCAUCUAAGUUUAUGAUUUAUUGAACAGAAAUUCAACUUUGACAUAUAAACAAUUAUUUGCUAUAUAUGAAUUAGGAAUUACUACAGCACAAAGCAGUGUGUAGUAAAGCGAAAUAUAUUGGUUUUUAAAAAGCAUCGAAUUCAUUACAAAGAAAUUAAAAGCAAUUCAAACAUUAGAAGCAAGUGCUCUUUAGACAUUUUAAAUACAAAUUAUGGAUUUAAUUAGAUCUUUAAUGUUUAAAUAUAUUGAUUUAGAUUCCAAAAAAAAUCCGAUCUUCUUUGAAUAAGGCUAUUUCAGUGCUAUAGUAGCUAAAUGGAAAGAUACUAUAAAUUAUACAACUAUGAAAUUAAACUCCAAAUCAAUUAAAUCAGCUCAAUGUGAGUACAAAUAUAAAUCUGUAUUGAUUAGGUAUAAAUUAGUGCUUGCAGUAUCCAAUGAUAUGAUCGAUGCAUUCACAAAUUCAACAUUUACUUAUAAUUCUACAGUUAUAUAUUGUUAAUUUAUGGAUAAAUAUGGUGAUAUUUAUUAUCCUCCUUCCUCUGAAUUUCAUUAUUGGCAUUAUGUACCAAACUUUGACUAUGAGCCAUUGUUGGAAUUAUCAGAUGUGAUAGGUUUGGGAUGCUUUUAAAUCAAACAAUCCAAUUCAGUCUAUGGUUUGGCAUACAAUAAUCAAGAUUGUUAAUACAAAGAAAUAACUUCAUCUAGACCAGUACCAUACUGUUAAUGCAACGAACCUGGAAUUACUUUUGUUUAGGUCCUAUGGAAUGAUAAUAAGAUAGCCCAACUUGCUCUGGCUGCAGGAACAUCAAAUUCCACUAAUUCAACAGAAGCAUACGGACAUUUAUUGAUCAUUACAUAUUUAGCCAUAUAAAUUAUAUUAUGA